GAGCUUACAUGAGUUCGAGACAUGGACAAACGGCCUUGAACUUCUUCCAUGAAUCCAGGCUCUUCGGUGGACGCAGAGGCGGAACCGGCCACCUGCCCUACCAACAUCUUCACACUAUCCAUCGCUGACAACGCUUCAAAUCGAACCCGGGAACACCCGAAGAAAUCAGUCUAUUUCAUGCGCAAUUCCGCCGUCCGAGGAAGUCUCUGACAGCAGGGUGAUCAUCCUGUGAAUUGCUGAGCGCGAUUCUUUCUCGAAGCAAUCGGUUUUCUCCCGUCAAGCAAGACGGAAUUCGUCCGAUCGAGGCGAGGGUCUGGGUCAGGGGGUGCCCAAUACGGAUGUUAGUCAAUAACCAAGAAGCACAGAAUGCUGAUGGUGAUAGAAUCUCUCACUGGCCUGUUUAAGCUUCGGAACUGAGGAGUGGUGAUGGGGACACUGCGAGCGAUUCUCGAUGAUUGUAUGUCUUCAUCGGAACUGUCGAGAUGCAGAUGGGGGAGCAGAAAAAUCGACAAUCUUACAACCUGAGAACGCUGUCGGUGCACGAAGAGUUCAAGACUCAAGUUCAACUGGAGUAGACCAGAACCCUCCUUCCGCUUAGCUACACCAUCAUCUCCCGGUUCCUGUUUUCCUCGAGUUGGUUACUCCUGGACGUCCUAAGAUUGUGAAACGCUACGUCACACAACCCUAACCCUACACGAGGUUUUGUCGAAGAAAAUCCUCUGGAAGCUGCAGAACUGAACAAACGCUGUCGCAAGAUUUAGCCCAGUCUCGUUCGAAAUUUCUUCAAUUGUUCGCCACUGGCACAUCAGACGCUCCACGAAGUCCGCAAUCAUGUCAGUGACUCUUGCGGAACUUCCUCGAGCGAGCAUCCUCUGGCUGCACGAUGCGGUGGUAAACAGGACGUUCAUGUAGGAAGCCCAUCCGGAUCCUCCUGUCCUUCAUCCGAAAAGGUCUUAAUCGUCUGCAAGCAAGGCAGUCAUUGUGUCGAGAAGUUUGCCUUCGUCAAGGACGAGACAUGCCGACCAUUCGAGGAGCAGCGGCGUUGAGGAGGCCAAGCAGGCCCAGUAAAACCGAAGAGCCUCCUCCCUCGAUGAUCAGCAGGGGCAGUGUCGAUGAUGGCAACAGGGAGGUCUCUGUCAGGAAGAGUAGUAUGAGGCCCAACCCUGAUGAUGAAGGUUUUCCCAAGAGGCUGAGCAGGGCCAGCAUCAAUUAUGAGAGCAAGAUCAUUUUAGAGGCAUCCGCCGAAGACGAAUUGCCCAAAGAGCUGAAAGAGCACAAGCGAAAGAAGAGGAUGUUCUCACGGCUGAGAUUGAAGAAACUUGAAGAAGCUAGAUAUGGACUGUACAUACCACUGAGUCCUCGAUCCGUGCAGAGAAAUGGGCGGUCUAAAGAGAAGAUUCGCAAGAUUGUUUCCAUGCUGAAAAUCAGCCCUCGAGUCACUGUGAGAGGGGAAGAGAAGAACAAGGAUUGGAAGCUUCGACCAGGUGCUCGUGAAAGCCCCGUUGUGAAGCACCUUAGGGAUCGACUGCAAGAACGGAAGGAAUCAAUGAAACCUUACACAAGCAACAAGCUCUUCGAAAAGAUCCUUGAGAUCACCGAGGAGGAGCGUGUCUACCCUAAACCGGAAGACUUUUGGAGGCAAAGCAUUUCGAGCAAGUUCGAGAAAAUGGCUCGUGAGCUCAUUGACAAGACUGCCUACUUCACAGCAAGAUUGCAACAUGGUGUCUGGUCACAGACUGGAAUGCCAUAUGCUUGUCUCGGUGUGCCAUCCACCAAUCGUCCUUCAACAGCUCCUUUGCCCAAUCUAGAGGAUCGUUCUGCAGACCAGACUCCGUUUGACUUCUUCCCGGCUGGAGCUGACACUCAACUCAUGGCGGAAAUUGCUGGGAAAGAGCGGGAAGAACGACAUGUACCCAUGCACAUAGCAAGGAGGGAAGCCAUACUGAAGGCUGCAAAACAAACUUCAACAGUGUCAAGGCUUCUGAUGAAAAUGGGAUUGCUGCAUCUACAUGAUAUGGAUAAUGCAAGAUUCCCUCUGGCGCAAGUGCACCUUACUGCCAAUUUGAUGAAGAGAGUAAAGGGUGGUGGUGCUUGGCUGGAGGAUAUUGACAAAGGAAUGAUGAAGUCUGCUCCGAGGGAACUUUCAGUAGCCGCAUACACCGGCAGAACUAUUGUAGGUCCGGCUGGCAACGUUGAGCAUUUUAGAUCUGAUUCUUCUUCUUCCCAUACUCACGAGAGCGGAGAUGAGAACAAAGAGCCAUCAGCACCUUCCCCAGAACCACAUCGGCAUUCAGAGCAUAUUGAACCUCUUGUGAAAUUACCAUGGUUACAACGACCAUCGCACAAGCACACGGAACAGUCAUUUAUGGUUUGUCAAAGUGAUACGAAGCAGCUCGCCGAACCUGAGGAACCGGAAGAACGACUUGAAUCAAUCGACUGGAAAGCAAAUCAAUCUUUGGUUUUCAAUUUGAAGAGGAGGAACCUGCUAGUAAGAAAGAAGAUGCUUUAUGAGCUGAACCUGAAACUUACUUCUCUGGCUGAUCGUCGAGAACAUUGGAGAGGGGUUACAAACAUGUCUGCUGAGCUAUGUAAAAGACUAGAGGCUGUCUUAUUUCGUACGAAAGGCAGGAGGGCCCCAAGCACAAAGCACUUAUGGAAGACUGCUCAGGAACUUCAUCCCGUUCCCAGGCAAAAUGAUCGCCCUGAUUACGAGUCAGAAGCCUAUUCAAUUCGCAGAUUCUAUGAACGUGUUUGUACCUUCAUCGAUCAUCAAAAAAUGGCAGAUCCGUUGAUGGAUGUGCUUAUUUAUCUCUUGAGAGAAAUGUUGGAGAAUGGCCAAAAGCUGCAGUCAGACCUCCUGUUAAGCUUGUGCGAGCAACUCGCGCGAAUGCCUGAAAGCGUUGCCAAUAUAGGACGGAUGGUGUGUAUUAUGCCUAUCUUGCAAUUCAUUGCCAAAGAAUUGCGAAUAACCUCCACUGAGUACGACUCAUUUAUCACCAAAUCUGGUGUAGAUCGAGUGCAGCCCAGCUUGACAUAAGAUUGACGCAAACGUUACCCCAUUCAUACUACAUCUCGACGUCCUAAUGCAUCACUCACAUUGUUCCAUGAUUUACAGAAGCUGAAGAAGUCGACUUUUCAAUAUUGUAUGCAGUAGGCUCGUGAUAUUGCAUUCCCUUCAUUUCGGAAAAAAUUAGAAAUAGUUCAGAAAGGGAAAUUCUUCCUACUUCGAGUUCUUAAGCCUGUGACUUCCAGCAAACUGCAGAGUGAAGUUCUCAAAAUUUUUGACCAGAAAAAGAGAGUUGAAUGAGCACCUGACGCCUGAGAAAUCACUGUUCACAACUCUCUUACUAUACCACAGUACUAGAAUGGGUCCCUGGAGCUGAAAGUUUUCAAAAGCUAUAGGGGCAAAUUACUGUAUCUUGAAAAGCAAACAUUUCAGAAGAAUGUGCUGAGUAUAACUCAGGAUUUACCAACACUAUCGAUUAGCUGAAGUAGAUGAACUUUGCUAGCAAGCUGAGAUUUAACUACACGACUUCUUGUGGAACGACGGGCUCAGCCAUUUGUCGACAAUUCUCAUUGUUAGUGCAACGCAAUAAUGAACCUGGACAGAUCAUAUUAAACAAUGGUUUAAAACUAAGUUACGC